CCCACCUUUCUCCCUUCGCUCUUUUUGUCCAAUUCUCUGAAAGUGAAAGAGAUACGACGUAAACUAUGUUGUCAAAAAUAAUGAAGCAGUUGGCACUGCCACUUGCCAUUCUAUCUCUCUUCCUCUCCUUCGCCAGCGCCCUCCCCACCGAUGCAUCCCUCGAACCCCGCCAAACAAAAUCCCUCCGCAUCCUCCCCCUCGGCGACUCCAUAACCUGGGGCUGGAUCAACGGCGGCGGCUCAAACGGCUACCGCGAGCGCCUCCUCAACAACCUGCGCUCGGGCGGCUACACCGUCGACUUCGUCGGCACCCAGAAAUCCGGCACCAUGGCCGACAAAGACAACCAGGGUUUCCCGGGCUACACCAUCAACCAGAUCCGCGGCGUCGCAGGAGGCGGCCUCAACCUCCGCCCCAACGUCGUCCUCAUCCAUGCUGGAACUAACGAUCUUAACCGUGGCAACCCGUCGUCGGAGCCUGAUGCGGACGCGCCGCGCAGGUUGGGAUUGUUGAUUGAUGAUGUGCUCAAGGUUGUGCCGAAUGCGGUUGUUGUUGUGGCCAAGAUUAUCCCGUCGAAGAGGUCCGGCUUGACGAAUACCAUUCGCACGUUUAACAACGCAUUGCCUGCGAUUGUGUCGGCGCGCGCGAGCAAGGGGUCCAAGGUCUCACUUGUGGAUAUGGGUGUGUUGAACCCUAGCAGUGAGUUGAGUGAUGAUUUGCACCCGAAUGUUGCUGGAUACAACCGCAUGGGAGAUAUCUGGAAUGCGGGUAUCAGGGCUGUGGCUGGAUCUAUUCCUGCUUAGGCGGAUGUUGGUCUUGGGGCUUUUGUACAUAGAUGGGAUGAUGAUGAUGAUGCUUGAAGGCAUGGUACAUAGAAUGAUACGGGUAGAUCACCGAAGAAUGAUCAAUGCAAUUUGACGUCCUGA